AGAUCCCUUCGAGCUACAAAACAGGAUAGAUUCGCUGAAACCAGAAGAAAGAUCCUACCUCCAUGACCAGUUAGCAAGAUUGGUCUCUUGCAAAGGCAAGUCGUGCACUGUGGCUCACAGUAAUCACAUAAGGCCGAAACCAAGGAUGAAUUCGUUACCACUACACAAUAUUGGGCAGUAUUAUAGGAAGAGGAAAUAUCAAGACGAAGCUGCCAGGAGUCUAGCGUUAGUACAAGAAUAUCCAUAUCGAACAGACUAUUCUCUGAAUACUAAAUCGUGGCGCCGUCGCGCCCUCUGGCGGCCAUCCUCGCAACCAUACGGUCAAGCACGACACGAGAGGAAGAGACGCAACAACAACUCCACCACAAUCAUCAGGCAACAGCAGGGGAGCCCAAAGAAGCCUGGUAGUAAAAGGAGACGGAGAAAAUCUUGAAGAAGCUAUCAAGAGUAGAACUCGUACGUGUGACUGAUUUUUUAUUUAGCCGUAAGGAAACGCGUGAAACGAUUUUACGGAUAUGAUAUUGCCUCAAUAUAAAUGGAUCAUCACCCGUCACCUCCGCCUACCACCCGUCACCUCCGCCUACCACCCGCCACCUCGGAGUAUAAUCGCGGCCUUAGGCCUGUGACCUUGGAAAUAGCUUUCUUGGCAAAAGGUAUACACCUUUCGCAUUCCAUGUAUCCAUAUAAGUAUUAAAUAUGUCACUUCCAAGAGAUUGAUAGCAUAAUUAUUGUAUUUAACCCGCAUUUAGAAUCUCAGAAAUAUACUGGUUCAAAUGUUAACCUGAUCUAUAAACGAAAAAAUCUCAUCUUUGUAAUAAACCAUAAAUAUUAAGACUCCCCAAAUUUUGAUAAACCGCAGCCCCGUGCAGUCAAAAAUGCAUGAUAAUCAUCCACCUCGUAACAAAAUGUGGUAAGUUAUAAUCAGCGCCUAAUGAUGUUGACCUUGUGGAACCAUUUUGAUUUGAUACUACUUGCAUUUGAAAACCAAUACUCCUGUACUUAUUCAAUAUGUCAUGAAAGUAAUGUAAAAUCUAGGAUUACAAGCCCCAAUGAAAAUCAAAGAUUACUUCCUAAAAAAAUACGCAUUCAUUCAGCUCAAAAGCAUCAAUUUUAAAUUACUUCAUAUAAAUAUGAACAGAUUUUGAGGUGCUUGUAAUGAUAGAUUGUACUACAACCCUCUACAGUACGAAAACUAUUUCUUUAAUAAUAAUAGCAGUUUUGUUUGAUGUAAAUAAUGUGAUCUCUAUUUUAUAUUUGCAUUUUCUUUCCUAAAGCUUCGAUGCUUUGUGUGUAUUAGUGUAUAUAAAAAUUUGGACACUCAGUAUACUAUACCCCUGUUUGUCCAAAAUUUCUUAGAAACGGAAACAAUCAUAGACAAUGUAGGUACCUGCGACACUUCCAUUUUGAGAUUAACUUUUGCUAUUUUUGUAGAACCCGGGUAUAGACAACGGUAUUUUACUACUUUUUCACUGUUUCUUUAACACUUCAUGUAGAGGUAAGCAAUGUUGUAAUGGAAGCAAUAAUGACUUUAUUUUUAAAGCGUGUUGUAAAAAAUCGUUUGCCAAUUUUAAUUCUCUAGUCUCUAGCUUUCGGCAUUGUAUAUAUUUUAUCAUUUGUAGAAAGUACAUAUUUAGAUUAUGUAAAAUUUAUAGUUUUAAGCAAAAUGUAUUAUUUUUUAUUUAUGCUAUUACUUGUAAUUUAGUUAUAGUGGAUCGAGAUUGUGAACUAAUUUAAGAAAGAUUUAGUGUUUUGUGUAUUGUAUUUAUUCUGAAGAAAAGAUGUAAUUGAACAUUUUUGGUGCC